AAUGACAACAGUGAUUAUGUAAAAAGAUAAUCGAUAAUAAUUUGCUUUAUCAUUUGUACAGAUAUUACGUAAAAUAAGCAGUCAGUGAAGUUCGGACAAUCUUGAGGAAUUCAACACUUUAAAAACUGAGUAAAGAAAAAGAUGAUACGGCUUAGUAAACGACAUAAGUUUUUAGUUUUAAUGACAGGAUUUAUCAUAAUUAUUCUGAAAGUUUUAACACUGACCAGAAAUCCAGUUUUGACUAUUCCACAAAGUAUCAGAGACGAGAUCACUGCAAGACAAGUACUCAGCUUGCCACCGUUAUCACCAGACUGGAAAAGAACAGCCAUGAUGUUUAAAACAGAAAACUCGAAUCAGCGAUUUCUGACAAUAGGUAUUCCUACAGUGCGACGGCAGCAAUCGAACUAUUUCUUGGAAACCCUGGAUUCUCUUUUAAACUGCACUUACCAAGAAAAUAUACCGAAUAUUUAUAUUGUCAUCUUUCUCGCAGAUUUCAAUGCAACAUGGAAAGAUGAAAUGGCAAACAUUAUAGAACAAAAAUAUUCAAAAAUAGUAAGAGACGGAACUUUGCAAAUAAUAGAGGCACCAACAGAGUUUUACCCAUCGUUAGACCAUCUAAAUCAUACAUAUAACGAUCCCAUAGCAAAAAGAAAAUGGCGGUCAAAACAAAAUGUCGACUAUGCCUUUUUAUGGCUGUAUAGCAAAGAACUAUCAAAAUAUUACAUGCAGAUGGAAGAUGACAUUUUUACAGUGCCCGGAUACCUAAAUGUCAUAAAGGAGUUUAUUGAAGAACAAAAAACGGACUGGACUUGUUUAGAAUUUUCAGAAUUAGGCUUCAUCGGCAAACUUUAUCAUUCAAAAUAUUUAGAAAAACUUGCUAAAACGGUACUACUUUUUUAUGAAGAACAACCUGUUGACUAUACAUUUAUAUAUUUCAACAUUUUGAAUUUACAAGGAAGCCGCAUUAUAAGACGUCCGACACUUUUUCAACACGUUGGAUUUCAUUCUUCAUUGCCUGGGAAAAUACAACCUUUAAAAGACAAAUAUUUUGAUAAUAUUAAAAAGACCUUACAUGGGGAUAACCCACCUGCUAAAGUUAUAACGACAUUGAAAACAUCACCAGACUUUUUGCCAGAUUUAGCAUACUCUAAAGACGAUGGGUACUUCUGGGCUCAUGCUGCCCCGGUAGUUGAUGAUACAAUUCAUGUAUUAUUUGAUGAACCGCAAAGUUUAGAUAAAGUUGUCAUUUUAUCAGGGUCUCAACAACACCCUACAGAUAAGAUAGAGAAUGGUCGAUUAGAUGCGUGCUUAAGUGUGAAAAUUUCGGGUGACAAUCGAAUAGAGUGUUUUAACAACAUAUUUUUGGGAUAUUCAGAAAACGGUACUUUAUUAGCAGAUAAUUUGGAAAAGAAAUUAAAUAAAUUUAUGGUGACUUGUCUGAAGAUAACAUUUACAAAAAGUCAACAAUGGUGGUUAAUUAUAAAAGAAAUAGCGGUCUUUGUAAGUAAAGUAAAACAAUGAUAAACGCCUCUAUUGCAGUGCAAUGAAAUGAAGUGCAAAGGCAAACGAAUUGCAGGAUAAUAAGCAAAUUGCAUAAAUGUUAUAUCAACUGAAGACUCUAUUUGAGUUUGAUACUUCAACAUUGUGUAAAAUGAUGAGUUGAAUAUUGUUCUACAUGGUACAGUUGCAAAUUAUGAAUAACAAGUUUGUUUUUGUACGCCAUACAAGUCAAUAUUUUUAACUACAUGUAUGUAAUUGUAUGCAAAGAGAGUUAAUACCAUGAGAGUUAUACAUAGCAAUCUACAUGUGUGUAAUUGUACGCCCUGAGCCCUGAGCAUGUAUAUCAUAAACUGCAUGUGUGUCAUUGUACGCCCUGAGCAUGUAUAUCAUAAACUACAUGUGCGCUAAUGUGCGUAAUGAGAGUUAAUAUACUAAACAACAUCUAUUAUGGUGUAACACCACUAAUUCAGGCCCGGCUAGAAAGUACAUACCAGAAAGUAGUACAUAUUUAACACAAAAUAGUUCCUACGCAUGGACAUAACUUUCAAAAUAUUUAGAAUAUUUUAUAAAUUUUGUUAUCAAAUGAAAGCUGCAUGACUGGUGAUCAUUGUAGAAUAAUUUUGACUGAUAAAUUUGAAUAAUAAAAAAAUGGCAUGAAAUUUAAAAAGGAGGGUACAUUUUGCCUUUUUGUCAGAUCGGAAGUACCUGUUUUGGUACAUCCGAAGUUCCGGGAACCAGUUCUUUCUUAUAUGCAAUGUAAGGUAUAUUGAUUUUUUCAGUACAGGACACCAGAAGGUGUUGCUUUGACAUGCAAUGAUUGUCACUUUAUUUGAACUUAAAAUAAAAGAGGUGUGCCUGCUUGAAACGGAGGAACUUAACAUAGAAAGCAAUGGGACCAUGAAUUAGGGGUGUACUUCCUUAUUAUUUUUUACUCAAUGAGAGUUAACAUCAAGAGAGUUGAUGUGUGUUAUUGUGCGCCAUGAGAGUAAAUAUCUUAAAAUACAUUAGUACAGGUAUGUUAUUAGAAGCCAAAAUAAAUAUUUUUAACUUCA